AUGGCACCUCUUUUGUUGAACUUCAAAGAUGACAAGAAAUAUAAGGGUCUCACAACUGUGUGGUUACUUUCUACAUUGGGAAAUUCCAUUGUAAAAGAAAAUAAUAGUUCUUAUUCGAGCAAAAGCAACUCGACAGGAAAUAUAUCAGCAUCUACCGUCAAAAAAAAAGACAUUGUAAAUAUUUCUAUACCCAAAACGUGUGACGAAAUUCAGAAUUUCGAAAGUGAUCUCUCUCUUAGAUACAUCUCUAACCUUUUAUAUGGAGUAACAAUUUGUUACAAUAAAAAAACUGAGUAUGUGUUGAAUGAUCUGAAUCAUCUGCUUGUGCAACUACAAAAAAACAACGCAUAUGCUUUCAAGGCCAAAAAUAAGUCUACAAGAAUCAAUGGAUUGAAUAAUCAUAACAGUAUUAUCGGGAGCAGAAACAAUAACUACGCUUGGGAAGAAUGUGUUUUUUUUGAUGACGAUCCCUUAUAUGAUAUUACUAAAGUUCCCGCAUUGGACUUUCUCAAUAACACUCUUCAAGAUGAUAUAUCUUUUAUUGAGGAGGCUAAAUCAAUAAGAAGACAAGAUUAUAUAAAUGAGUUAAGCAAUUCUAACAGGUUUGAACUUCAUAGCGAUAGGACUAAUCCUGAUGCGCAAAGCAAGUUGGGACCUAAUGUUAGAAACUCUUUCUCUCUGGAUGAAAUUCCUAUUGAUGUUGAUUUUAACUUGGACUUGGAUGAUAUAGUAAGUCAUCAAGGAACACCUCUUGGUUCGCAUUCAAGUUCUCAGAAGGAUAAUAAUGAUUUGAAAUUUAAUUACGAUGGUAAUGAGUUAAUCCUAAAUUUUGAGAACGAUGAUGAUAACAACGGUAGCAAAAGCGAAGAAACCCCACUGGAAAAUGAAGAAUCGGCAGCCAACCUCAAAGACUACGAACUAGGGCUGGAAGAGCAAGAAUCAGAAGAGGAAAAUGAUGGUGGCCAACGCAAAGUCGGUGUCAAAAUGCAAAGGGGAAAUCGUGCUGAUGUAGCUGGCUUAUUGUCUAAAGUACAAUUUGAUACAAAAAUAAGCUACCCAAACGAAGUUCUCAAGUUCAACCAUGGAAAUUACAGCAACUUGAUGGAGAAAAGUAGAAAGAAAAAAAUAAGUGGUCAGAAUGCCUUCAAUUCUAGUAUAAACUCCUUGGUAAGAUCAUGUGGUGAAGCAGAAUUCAUUUCGACAAAUUGGUUAAGUAUCUUCAACGACUUUUCUGACUUAAAGACUGGGGAGUUAGAUUUAACUUCACAAGAUUUCGGCACAAUUGAAAGAGGAAGAAAAAGGGCACAUUCUUUGGUAUCAACUCAAAGUUCGAACAGUAUUAGAAGUAACGAAUACGGUAGAAAAAGUUUUCGGAACAACAAGAAUGAUAACUAUUCCUCUGAUAUGGAAAAUGAUAAUCUAUUAUUGAAUCUUGAACAAAUCAAUGAAGAUCUGGAAGAAGGACAUUACAUUGAGGAAAACUCUCAAGGAAACAUCCUUGACUUUAAUUUGAAUCUACCUCCUUCAAGUUUUGGAAGAAGUCAUACCAGAAAUUCAACCAGGUCCAGUGGUUUUAAUGAAGACAUAGUUGGUGCUCUCAGAAGAAGAAUCGGGCCUUCCGAACAGAAUUUUGUUGAAGAGGGUGAUUCCAGCAACGAUUAUUUUUCUGACAGCACUCAGCAAAACCUGCCCGAGGAAACAAACUUUCAUGAUGUUAUCCUGGAUUAUCAGACGAAAAAAUUUUACGAUUAUAUCAAAGAGAGGUCAGUUGCCAUCGGAAGGACAACACGCUCAAAUCCACCGUUCAAAAGAAAAGUUCUGUUGGUUGAUAUCAUUCCAAGCCGCAUGGGUGAAGCUCAAAUUGAAUCGAAUCUUGAUAUUUCAGAAAAGGGUGUGAGCAGGCAAAUAGCCGCCGGGGCUUUCCUAUCUUUACUGAAUUUGGCUACGAAAGGAAUGAUCAAAUUGAAUGAGUAUCCUGCUAUGGAUGCAGAUAAUAAGGAUCUUAGGAUACGAAAGGAAGAUGAAAUAAUUAUCUAUGCCUGA